UACACAUUAAUGCGGAGGAGUAGCUGGCGUCCAGGUCCUGCAGCUCCUGGGCCCAGAAUAGUGUUCCAGCAGGCGCCGAAGGCAGCGCUCGCUUCGCGGCUGAUUUUUGGUCCAAUUGGUUGGAUAAAGCCAAAGCCAAAAGCACCAGGAAUCAGCUUGCAGUACCCCAACACGAUUCAAAAAAUACAGGUGAAAUUUUUGCAAAUAUCUUCAAUUGACAACGACAGCAGCAACAAAAAUAACAACAGUUUUAGGAAAGCGUACUAUAAACAAUAUACUAUAAUAACAAAACCAUCGUCGAUUUGCAGUACCUAAUCAAACUAGAUCAAUUCAGAAUGGCCGAGUAUAAGCCAUCGACUUCGUGGCCGCACCGGAUGAUGAGCUUCCAGUGCCGGCAGGCGGAUCUGAACCGCCUGGUGAUGAACUACCUGGUGACAGAGGGCUAUCAAGAGGCCGCCAAGCGGUUCAUGACCGAGGCGUCCGUGGCGCCGGGACCUCACAUGAACACCAUUGGGGACCGACUGAGGAUCCAGGAUGCGGUGAGGGUGGGUCAGGUCAAGUACGCCAUGGACCUGGCCACACGGAUCUAUCCGCGCCUCUUCGAGACCGACAACUAUGUGUUUUUCCACAUGCAACAGUUGCGUCUGAUCGAGAUGAUCAGGGACCAGAAGAUGGAGAAGGCCCUAAAGUUCGCCCAAAGCAAGGCUGCGGGAUUCUCGAAGGUCGACCCAAGACACUUCCACGAGGUGGAACGCACCAUGGGACUCCUGGCCUUCGAUCGCCCGGAAUACAGUCCCUAUGGGGAGUUGAUGUACUAUUCCUAUCGUCAGAAGGUCGCUAGCGAAAUAAAUGUAGCCAUGUUGCGCUGCCAGGAGAUGGAGGACGGUAAGGACAAGGACGAGCCCAUGGAGCCGAGGAUGAUGUUCCUCAUCAAGCUGAUCCUUUGGGCCCAGGCCAAGCUGGAUCGCGAGGGCUGUACCGACUUCCAAAAGAUCGAUCUCGGCCACGGCGAUUUCGAGGAGGAGUUUCGCCGGAGCUUCCAGGGCUUCUAAGGCGAUAAACAAACAAUAAUUGUCCAACGAUCGGUCGGCGUCUACUGCGAGACUAUAUAAAUGUAUUUUUUUUUUUUAGCAAAUCUACACACACGAAAGUAUUUUUUUUGAACCUACAAAUAUAAAUGUCAUUUUUUUUGAAUGGAUGUUGAAUAUUAAAUAUUUCCAUAUCUUGA